AUGUUAUUCUUCCGCACCAGAACAACUGCGCGCACGCCCGAGAUGGUCCGUCGUGAAACUAAGAGUGAUAUGUCUAUCGGGCAUAAGAUCGACAUAUUGCUCGGACAAAACGGCAAACCUUGUCAAGAGUCUUCUCUCGAGCCCUGCUGUAUUUGCCUAGAACACGGUCCAGACUUCGUGCUACGUUGUGGUCACUCUUUUCACCGAGAGUGCCUUGAAGAAUGGCUCACU